AUCACUAGCAUGGUUCCCCGGUAUCCUGGCUCAGCUAUCACGUCCGGAUUAGUACCGCACGCAAUCGUUCAAUUCCAAGACUACUCAAAUUGUUGCAAUGACGAUACUCCUGCCGUUCCACAAAUCAAUCCUUGAGGAGAUUUAUGACCCUGCUACUUCAGACUUACUCAUUCUUGCCCGUGGGCUUGGUCUUCGUCGUGUCAUAUGCAUGCUCAUGCAAAUAUACGACUCAAAGCAAAGUCUUAUUCUACUCUUGAACGCCUCACCGGAAGAGGAAACUGCCAUAGGUGAUGAACUUGGUAUCAUGGGGUGCAGGCGGCCUGGAUUGCGAAUUGUGGGUUAUGAGAUGGGAAAGCGGGAUAGACAGGACCUCUAUAAGAACGGCGGCUUCAUUUCUGUCACCUCCCGUAUUCUUAUCGUUGACAUGCUGCAAUCAGACAUUCCAACAGAGCUCAUAACGGGCAUAAUUAUUUUACAUGCUGAAAAGGUCACUGCCCUCUCCCUUGAAGCUUUUAUUGUCCGGCUGUACCGAGAAAAGAAUAAGGCUGGCUUUCUCAAAGCAUUCUCAGACCAGCUGGAGCAUAUCACCAGCGGUAUGUCUCCUCUGAAGAACAUGAAGGAGCUUCAAUUGAGACGCGUUCAUAUCUAUCCUCGGUGUGUGACAUCCUUCCUCGCUGAUGUUCAUGUUGUUCGCCUUCUAGUGCUCGUGUUACCGUCAUUUCUCAUCUAUUCUGGCUCUAUAUUUCACGAAGACGUCAAAAACACGCUUGAAACCCGUAAAGCGGAUGUCAUUGAGUUGUAUCAACAUCUUACAGAGCCUAUGGAGGCAAUUCAUCAUGCGAUAGUCCAAUUGCGGGAUACACAGCACCAUUCAGCCGUGAACACCUGA